GAAGCGAGAGGGGUGCAACGAACUCUCUAGGCUCGGUUCGAGUCUACGGAGCGCGGAGUUGUGUUCGAAUCAUGGCGACACCCGAGCCCGUAGACCCAACCACCCUAGAGAUUAAGACCCGUAGCAUAGAACAGACACUACUCCCACUAGUAAGACAGAUCUCCACAUUAGUGUCGCACAGGGAACGUCCGCUAUGUUCGGGCAGAAGUUACCGUGCGGUCGACCGGAUCGGUCAGGCGGUGAAUCUGGCGGUGGAGAGGUUCAUCACUGUCGGCGAGACUAUCGCAGAUAACAAUCCGGAGAUCAAGCAGGACAUGUACGAGGCGUGCAAGGAGGCGAGGGUGGCCGGUUCAGCGAUCGAGAAAUUAUGCGAAUGCAUGAUGGACGACAGCCUGGCCGACCGAAGCGCGGUCAUCAGGGCUGCCAGGUGUCUUUUGGGCUCUGUGACGAGAGUUCUCCUGGUGGCCGACGUCGUUGUGGUCAAUCAACUUCUCAGUGCAAAGGACAAGGUGGCCACUAUCCUUGACCGGUUGGAGUAUGUCUCGAACUUCACCGAGUUCGUGAAAGCUUUUAGCCAGUUUGGGACAGAGAUGGUGGAGCUGGCACAUUUGACGGGGGAUCGCCAAAACGACUUGAAAGACGAACGACGAAGGGCACAGAUGGCCGCAUCCCGGCAAGUUUUGGAAAGGAGUACCAUGAUGCUGUUGACGUCGAGCAAAACAUACUUGAGGCAUCCGGAGUGUCCGUCGGCGAGGGAAAACAGGGACACGGUGUUCUGCCAGAUGAGGAGGGCCAUGGAUAUGAUACACUUCAUUGUGAAAGACGGUGUGUCGUACCGCUGCAUGCCGAAGUAUCAGCGAAAGAAUCCCGCGGAGCUGGAUUUCGAACGCAGAACAGCCCUGUUCGCGUUGAAACACUUCGAGAGGCUCGUCGAAACAUCGAGGAUGACACUCCUAGGACCCGACUGCCGAGAAACACUCACGGCCGCGUUGGAUACUGCCAUUGAGAGGACGCACGAUUUCACUGACAGCGCGUACACCAGUCACAAGCACAGAGAGAACAUCCUUCUGCUCUACGAUCGAGUGAAGUUGGAACUGAAUUCGUUGCUGCGGAUCGGCAACAGUAUGCAAAACUAUGAAGACGGCAGUGGUUCUCCAAGCGCGGAAAUGGAGCUAGCUGUACAGGCAGUGUUCAAUGCGACCAAAGAUCUUCGCGAGCAGCUCUGCGCGACGGCGAUGGAGCAGAUGGCUGAUCUAGGCCAGGUGACCAAAGCGGGUCUGGAGCUUGUCUCCACGAUCAAGAAUCUUGCUUUGGCCAAUGCCAUCAAUAGAUUCGAAGAGCAGAAAUUUGAGGAGUACCUCGACCACAUUGUCGAAGUGUGCAAAAUAAUCAGACACGUUGCGCCGACGGAAACGCUCUCAGUUUCAGCGAAGUUCACGGCAAUUAAUUUAAAAAUGUACGGUCCCCAAGUUCUAACAGCGGCGCGCACUUUGGCAAGGCAUCCGACUAGCAAAAUCGCCAAAGAGAAUUUGGAAGUAUUCGCCGAUAUGUGGCAAUGGCUCAUGAACGACGUGACUUCAGUAGCAAAAGAUGUGCUCGAAUUACAUCAGAAUCGAUCAGAAAAGCAAGUCUACAUGUCCUUGCCACGACCAGGCAAACACGGCACGACAAGCAAGCCGCUGAAGCCGGCGAGGCUGGAUAGCGAGGAGCAAGCGAAGAUCGCGAAGGCGGGCCUCGAGAUGAAGCUGAUCACGUCGGAGAUGGACGCGGAGACGGAGAAGUGGCAGGAGAGCGGCAGCGCCCUGGAGGAGAACAACGACAUCGUGAAACGCGCGAAGAACAUGUCCUCCAUGGCGUUCUCCAUGUACCAGUUCACGAGGGGCGAGGGCGCCCUGAACACCACCCAAGACCUGUUCACCCAAGCUGAGUAUUUCGCUGAGGAGGCGAACAGAUUGUACAAGGUUGUGAGACAAUUCAGCUACCAGGUACCCCCUGGCCCGCACAAGAAAGACCUUCUGGAAAACCUCGAUCGUGUGCCGACGUACGUCCAGCAGCUCCAGUUCACCGUGAAAAACCCCACCGUCGGGAAAGCCGCCACCUUCACCAAAGUCGAUAACGUAAUACAAGAGACGAAAAAUCUGAUGAACGUGAUUUCGAAAGUGGUCACAACAUGUUUCGUCUGCGCCACAAAGUACAACCUGGAUUUCCGAGGUCUGUCGGCGCGUGGGGCCGGCGGCUCGCCGUACAGGGGCGGAGAGGGUGCGGGCGCCGACGGCGACGGUGGCGGUGCUGGUGUCGACGGCAGCAAGACGGGCUCCGCCCCCGGCAGCGACCCGUCCGUCUGACAGUUUGGGAUGGCCCGACGGGCCAAGGGGGACGCUCGCCGCACUCGGGUUUCCUUUCUGCUUUUCUAGGAAGAACCUCGCCUGCCCCAGCGAAGCGUACACGUCGAGCCCUCGCGGACACCACCGAAAAGGUCCGCCGGUGCUCGCUGAACUCGCCCUUUUUCGAAGGGAUUUCACGCCUCUUUCGCGCCUCCGAAAUUCUCGUUCGGCUGGUUCUUAAUUUCGUACAGUAGACGUUUCGAAACGAUGAAUUCAGCAUCAACUGGUCGAUGGUUUUUCUUUUUGGUUAUUGUUGCUUGAACUACGACUUCGAAGUUUGUUGCUUUUGGGGAGAAGGGUGGUUUAUGUUUUGAUAAAUCGUUUAGCUUGUAUAGAUGUUUUGGUGAGAUUAUUUAUGCUGGAGGUGUCUAAUUGUCUUACUUAAUUAAGCUCUACCACUUUCAUUCCAAGAGCUGUUCGAGUCUCAUUCUCUGUUAAGUGAUCCUUUCAUAGUAGUAUUCGAUAUGAACUAGUAUUGUAUGAAACUCGAGUCCUCGAAGCUUUGAAGCUCAACCUUAAUGGCUGUCUUCGAUGCUUCAGGACUCAAUCUUAAAGUCUGAAUGUCCGAUGCUUCAGGACUCAACUUUAAAGUUAGAAGACUUCUGGGAGCCUUGGGAGUCUAAAGACUCGACUGUUGUCAGCUUUUGCAGCUCAAGGCUUAAGCCCUGAGAACUCUCUUUAAAACUUGAGUCGCGGCUAGAGCUUUCAAAGUUCAAGACUCAGUAGGAGACUUUUACAUAAAUGUAUUCGUAGUGGUGACUAGCCUGCUAUAGUGAUGUUCAGCAACUGAAUAACAAAAGGGAAAUCAGUAUGGAAAGGAUCUUUCUCGUCGAAUAGCUGAUGAGCGAGUCAGUUAGACACCUCUGAUUUAUAUUUUAUAAGAGAAUCGUACCUUAGGCCUUACUGAAUGAUGGUAGAUAAAUCUGUCGAGCAAAAUCUGUUGAAGUAGUCAGCCAUAUAUGGCAGAGAAGCAAAGUAUGUUUUUGGCAGCUAGCUAGAAUCUAGUGUUAAUUUUUUACGAGUGAAUGUUAUAAAAUAUACUAUAUCAGGUUUCGCAUUUAUUACAGGAUAAUUUGUUCAAUUUAACAAGUCACCAGCGUAAUACAUAUUGUUUUUAACUUUUAUUAUGGAUGCAGUAUAUAGUAACAUAUACAAUAGUAACAAGACCAAUAUCUUAAUUUAUUAUUUAGUGACAAAUAGUGUUUGUUGCAACAUAUUAUAUCUUAUAACUGACAGUAUCAUUAAAUCAAGAAAUGACUAUUAUUUUAAUAAUCAUUUAUUCUGUUCUAAGAAGAAGAACUAACAAUAACUUCUUUCGAUCAGAGAAUCUCGCGAGUCUACUCAGUCAGCCAUUUUGUAACUAGACGUGCACUCUGAGUUCGCCAUCACUGCUCGGCAGAUUUAUGAAUGUCUUAUUUAUUUAGUCAAAAAUGUUUUAUUUAUUAUAGCAGUAUACGUUAAUUAGAAGAGGAAAGAUUUCUACAUUAAUUUGUUAUUUAAGUAUAUUACACGAUGUGAUAUUUAAACGAUUAUGUGACGCGUCUACACUAUACUUUAUGAGUCUUUUGCUUUUUUCGUGACUUUCUCUUUUGUGUGAAACGUGCUGUCUAGUCAAUCAACCGCGUGUCUACCUCUAUUAUUUAAAGUUACUCUUAGAGUAUUCUUAACUUUCUUGAUGAAAAGUUAUCAGUGAGUUAGCGUUCUUAAAUGUACAAUUAACUUUCUCGAUUAAUAAUUGUUUCGUGAAUGUGUUAAAUUUAAUUGUUGUUUUGAUGACGUUUAACUAAUUUAUUAUUGGAACAAAAGAUUCGCUGCUGCGAUUAGAAUAUUUUCUCAAGAUGUACGUGUUACAUCACCUAGCAAAUGUAUUUUUUAAGUUCUCCCUGCCUUUUUAUAUUUUCUUUUAUAUACAUUUUAUUUACACUAUGCUCGUUCAUUUAUGUUACGUAUUUUAUAAGUUUUUACAGAGUUCGUAGAAAUAGUUAGAAAAUCUCAUUGAUGCUGAAUUGCAAGGAGUCUACUGUACUAUUAUAUAAUUAAACGUAAGCGAACAAUAUGACCUAACGUGCUACUGAGAAUUCUGAUUUCUCUCAAAUUAAAAUGAAGUACACAAAACUCUAUCGAUAUUCGGUUAAAGUUUCUAUCUAAGUAAAGACAGACGAUUUCCGUACAAGCAAUUGCAAACACCACGACUCCGUUCAAACAACUGAGGUCUCUUCGAAAAACGGACUCUCUUGUUACAACAGAAACUAAUUUGCUCCGUAAAAGAUCGUUGAAAGAGCACAAAUUCGUAAACUUUGUUAAGUAUCCAACGUCCUCGGGAACGGUCACGUUCCCAAGGAUGGACGAGAAUGAAGGUUUAAUGUUUUCGUUGUUCGUACCGGUGCUACAAGACCAAUCGCUUGGUCCCGUGAUCAGGAAAUGAAUGAUCUACGAGACGAACCGACCACAGAAUUGCUUGAACAUAUUAUCCGAAGUACGCAACUGAUUGAUCGUCAAAAGAUGUUCUCGCCUUCUCUUCGAAACGGCCAUUAGAUAAUCGACGUGUACGUUUCAAAUUGUAACAGCUCCGAGCACAAGCUAUACUUCAGCGAUUAGUACACGUUUCUGCGUUGCUCAAUAUAGAAAUGCCGCGGGCUUUCCGCUCGAAUUACACACACGCGUUUAAGGGAUGCGACGCCGAAGUCGCUUCGCCGCUACGAAACGCGACGCGAACGAACAAAACGGACGAGGAACGUAAGCACGCUUCUUUCCACGCGUACACGCACGCGUUUCGAGAAACAUCGUUUGUUCGAAGAAACGUUAUAAUUUCCUUCUUCUGCACCGUUCUUCGAGAAGCAAACUGUAAAACGGAUCCCUUCAGCCUGUCUGUUAUUGUCACUCUCAGACUCUCGAGACUUAAUUUACUUGUUUCUUCAACUUCAGCGCGUACGUUUAGACUGUAAUCGUCUCGAACACCACACGACGAGAUCAACGACUAAAGCGAGUGGACCAGUCCAAGUCGCUCGAACGAUUUCACGAAUGCAAUUCGACGCACGGAUUCCAUCGCGACGGCACGGUGCCCCACAGAAUUCUAACGGCGAUCCGGAAUCGUGUUAAUCGUGCGCACGAUGGAAUCCGAGAACUCCGAUGGCAAUAAUACAGCCAUAUCAAUGAGAAUCAAUGGCGAUUAGAAGGAGAACAGCUUCGGGCAAUUGACGUCCGAGGGAGAAUCGCUUUACGCUGCUUUCACUUCGAAGCCGUUUAGCCGGAGCAAUAAUCAGCGCAACUAGUUGUUUCGUCGAUUGUGUAAGCCGCUCCGAUGUAAUAUAUUUUGCUGCUAACUUCAAGGGUCAAGCUGCUGUCAGCGAUUUCCCGAGUCGAGGCAUCGUUCGACCCGAACCGACAAACGGGUUACAGUGGGGCUUGAGUGACUGCGAAAGAGGGAUCGAUCCGCGGCGCGUUUCGUCGUCGGCGGCGGUACAGUCUUCAUCAAAAUAUGACGGGGUCGUAACCGAACACAUUGAAACCGAAGCUUUCUAGAAUCGGUAUCAAUUGACAUUCCACGACCUCGAAUCGUAUCAAAGGUGCCAAUCGCAGUUCCGAGUCCCGAGAACGUAUUUCCGUCGAAUCGACGCCCUGUCGCUUGAAACGCGUUUAGUCUAAUCGACACCGAUUUUACGACCUAGCCGUAUCUUGGCGGGGACAGUACCUCGGGAACAGUCGCGAUUUCAUUCGACGAGGCGACUGCUCUUCGACGAGAACUCCGCAUAGGGGUAUCGUUCUUCCAUGUAGGAAAGUUGGUGCAACGACAAUAAUUUGGACUGUCGAUCGGAGUGCCUUUUAGAGGUGAAAUAUUAGAGGCCAACUUCCACUUAACGCGUCUCACCAACUUCAAUCUUUAGGGAAUUCCCCGCCAGUGCGGAGCGAAGCGUCGAUAUUCGGGUCUCGAAGAGUCCUCGGAGCGUCGCCGGCGGAAACGCGCCGCGGAAUGUAGCGUGCUUGGCUAAAGUGUCCGCUUUGAGUGUCCAUCGAGUCGGUAUUUUGCUGACCAGCACCUCGGCAAGGCGUACACUGGAAUGAGCGAGUCGUUUUGCUUAUGUGUACGUCGGUAACAUGUGGAACCUGGUGUUUCGUUUUCGUAGCGAAUCCUCUUUUACAGUGGUACGUCACAAAUGCGAAACAAAUUGUUUUUAAGGGCUAUUAAAGGCUGUUGACCAGUCGCCGAGUAACCGACAAACGAACGAUAGAACUUACUGACCAAAAUUCACUUUGCUUCUAUUCAUGCCAGGAAGUUGCCUGAUCCGUGUUCGUAUUCAAUCUAGUACAAUGCAUUUGCCUCUAGCAUUCUCAUGAUCAUCGAUGGCCUCGACCAUGUCCGUAAGAUCUGGUAUCGAACCUAGUUAGCAACUUGGUAUACAAUGAUCAACAGUGCGUAAUAACCCUAAGACAGUUAAAUUGAUGACUCUUGCUGCCUACACUAGCUGAAGAAACAUCAGAUCCCACGUUGACCAGCAAAGCGAAAGGGUAGGUGUUCACGAGACUGUUCGUUUCACGGCCAGGCAUUCGCUUUCUGCACUCGAGCACCAUAGUCCGGGAAGAGCGCUGCAAUCGUUGCGAUUUAAUUGAAUCACCGAGCACAGCUUUUAAUCAAAUGGGGCAGGAGAUGGACGUUGAAGGUGACCUGGGGGCGGCAGCAGGGCGGUCAGGGACGUACUUUGUGGCAAAGACAUCAGCAUGUCUCACUAACCGAAAUCUCGUGGUUCGAGCGCAGUUAUAAAUUGAAAGGGGAUCGGUUCCUCGACUCGACGCCUAUCUCUACCAGCACACUUUUCACUCUUGAACGAAGAUCUGUCGAGUCACCAAGCGUCGAGUCGGGCGACCGUUGCGCCCCGUAAACUUCCUUUCGAGUGCCACAAACGAAUCACGAUUCUAAUUGUGUAAUACGUCUUUGAAACCGCUGAAAACGAAACAAACUAUCUUCCAAAGCCGAAUCGACACCCGUCGGUUUCGAGACUCGAGGCUGACGAGCGGCCGCGCGGGAGCGACGCUCGCGUCACUUUUCUAUUUUAGCCAGUACCCGACGCGUCGGCGCGCGUAGCGUAAGUCGCAUAAUGUCGCGCGUUUAAUAAUACUAUAAGUGUCGUGCGAAACAAACGAUGAACAAACCGGCUCCCAGCGCGGACCGUUUCGUCCACAGCCUCCGAGGAAUCACAGACAUCUCGCGCGACGGAACCUUCUUACCUAAUUUAAGGAGCGACUACCACGUGAUCUCUGGGCGACGCCCGGCGAGCCGCGCCGCAGAAAAUGGCGGGGCCCGCCGCGAUGGCGCCCGACGCCACGCUUUCAAACGAAUUAACCGUUCCGCCGUGGAGAACACGAUUUCUUGUUUAUUCUAAAGCUGACGCGUUCGGUCCGGUUACAAGCGACUCGAACGCGCACCGGCGUUUGUACAUAUGAGGUUAAGUUCACGCGAAUAUAACGUCGACCAGUCAUGCAUUUCUCGUACUUAACAAGUAUAUAGAAGAUCGAUUCUGUAUGUAUAAUACAGAGUUGGCACAAAGAAUGUGAUUAUACUGAUCAAUGACGAUUUCGUUUGGAGGCGAUCGGAUCGGUAAUCGUCGACGACGAUGAGUCAAGCGUAAAUCGUCGUCGCCGAAGCGUCGCGAAGGUCGAAACAGAUGGAACCCUUCGUCGUCGAUCGUCGCUGGCGAUUGUCUUUGAUCGAUGAUGAAUCUUUGAAGUCGACAAAGUUGACAGAAUGUUUCUAGAUCACCGAGGCGCCGAAACGUAAACUAGGGCCUCUUAUCGGGGGACGUUGAGCGACGUCCUCGUGAUGUUCCUAGAGUUUAAUUACGCGGAUCCGCGUCCCGUGAAGCGUACGCGUAACCUCGCAGGAAUGGAAAAUAAACCCGGCACUUCGUUAUAAGUUGUAACACGUACGCGACACGUUUGUACAAACUCUGUAUCAUACCUUAUUAACGCGGUCUUUAGUAUAUAUAGAGGUUCGUCAGUUAAGGGGUUAAGCUUAAGUUUUUCCUUUUGUAUAAAACUGCACAAAAUAUUUUCUAAGGGAGAAGGGACUGAGUUCGACGUAACGCGUUGUAUACCUUUUACGUUUCAUUCGAUCGCGUCAGUAGUGAGCCAGCUAGAUAUCGGCUAGAGACGAUCUGCGGGGAUCUAUGGCCGGCUCGACGGGGAAUCAUCGAUCGUGUCAUCGACUAUCGGUGUGCAUUUCUGGCGAAUAUACUCCUGGAUGAAAUAUUUAACGACAAGCUUUUAAGUUUGGUGAAUUCGAGUUUUUUCGGAAUUGGAUAAGUUCAAUUAUUUGUUGAGUAUUUAAUGUUAUUUUAACGAAGAGAUAUUGUCCAUUUUAAAAAACGAUCUUUCAUUAAUUAAUUUCUUUUAAAUAAAUUGUUACUUCUCACUAUUAUUUCGAGAACUUUUGUCGUAUUAGUGUUUCUCUUUUGGAUAAUUAAUCGCGUUAAUUACAGUUUAAUGUAUAUUGAAAUUCUUCUGUCAACCAUCAUUUUAUAGUGUAACAAGGACAUUCCAAAAUAGCAAUUUUAAUUCUCUAAUUUACAAUUAUUCAACCGCAUCGAAAUUUAUUUUAAUUUUCGAGUUCCAUAACAAAUGGGUACCCGAAGAAUACAACCGAUUAACGAUGAUGCAAUCGGUGAUUCUGAGUCAGGCGAUAAAUCUCCCCAAAAGAUCAACUUCGUUGUUUCCUACCGAGCGGAUUUCUCAUCGCAUAUAGC